CUGCUGCAUCGUGCCCAGCGCUGACCAGCUAGUCUGAGAUAGACUAUCGCAGAGUCUACACCGUCGCCAUACGCGCGGCUUUCAGUCAUCUGACGAACUCGGAGGAGUAAGCAUCUUUUAUUCAGUACUACCCGGAGAAGAAGCAGAAACUAAGACUGAAUCAAGAUGACGAUUAACAGUGUUGUUCUUCUAUUAGUUGUUGCAAGUGUAAGUGUUAAUGGACAAGGAGUCGUUCCAGGCAUCGACAACAGAUGCUUUGAGCCUGUUCUGACAGGUGUUUGCAGAGCUUAUAUUCCAGCGUUUUAUUUUGACCCUCUGUCAGGAUCUUGCGAUUGUUUCGUUUAUGGCGGAUGCCAAGGGAAUAACAACAGAUUUGGAACACUUGAGGAGUGUCACAAGACUUGUUCCGUACGACCUGAGCUUCAGUUCAACACACCGGCUUGCCAAAGGAUUUUGGGUUCGAAAAAUCCACUGGCCUCCUUAACAUUUUCUCCACAUGUUACUGGAGCGACAGGCUUACGUGCACCUGACACAGCACAACCUCAACCAUCUCAGCCUGAACCAGCCCAGCCUCAGCCAGCCCAGCCUGAACCAACUCAGCCUGAACCAGCGCAGCCUCAGCCAACCCAGACUGAGGCACCACAGCCCAAGCCAGCCCAAACUGAGGCACCAUCACAACCUAAGCCAUCCCAACCAGCACCUUCAAGCUCAUCCUUGGCUAGUAAAGGUGUUACUGGAGUCAUCAUUGGACCAAAUGGAAUACGUCCAGGUACUAUCAGCAUCGGCCAGCCUAUCAAGAUCCCGUCCAGGACAGAUGAUGAUAACAAAUAGUGAAUAAGCUGAUCAAGACCAAAACCAAUCCCGAUGUAUUCCCACGACUGACGUUUAAAGUGUCAGAAGACGAACAUCGGUUUGUACAAACAUGUGUGACCAGAGAAAACGUUUUGUGCUCGAAAAUGCCUCUGCAAACAUCCUUAGAAAGUAUUAACUUAUAUCUUCUCUCAUAAGUCUUUCCAAGAGUAAUGGGACAUUCAGUUUUUAAUUACUUAAUAAAAAGGUGAAUACUUACUACAAUGUUUCCGUUUACAAUAUAUACUUUACAACUUGCUUCCCGAAGUAUGCUGAAUGUACUUUAUAAAUUGUUAAAAUCUUCACUGCUUCCCAGAAUAACGAAUAUGUACUAUAGAUAAUUGUAAUUCCCGCAAUGUAUAUUUAUAUAAUGAUAAAUAUAUUAAUUACACCUUUCUGAUUA